AUGAGUUCAAGAGCUUUGAAAAGAUUGCAAAAUGACGAUGAGUUAUUGAAUAGUAUCAUCAGUUCAGCUACGGUUUUAAAGAGUUCUAGCAAACCUAAGAAGAAGAAUCCGAUGGCUAAUGCAAAUAUAUUUGCAUUGAUGGGGGAAACUUCUGAUAAUGAAGGGUCUGAAAGUGAGAAUGAAACUGAGCCCGUCAUCGAGGAGGAUGAAAGUGAGGUGCCUUUGAAUGUGGGCGAUGAGGAUAGUAAUGAACUGUCGAAGGUAGUAUUGCAGACUAAAUCUCAAAAAACCAAGAAUAAGAAGAAGAAGAAGAAGAAGUCCAAAACUAAGUCAAACAAUGUUCAGGACGUGGAAGUUUCCGAUGAGCAAAACAAGGAUGAUGAAGAAUUUGAUAAAAUUCUGCAACAGUUCCAAAAGAAAAAUGCAAGAGAUUUUGAAUUUAAAAUUGAUGCCAAAUCAAUUGACGAUAAUGAUGAAGAAUUCUUAACAGCAUCUGAACCAGAUGAAUCUGUUUUAACAGAGAAGAGUAAACUUGAAAUGAAUGAUAUUUUUUAUGAUACUUCUUUUUCUAAAUUUCCAAUAUCUUGUUUAAAACGUCAUGCCUGGGCUUUCAAUAACGACUUUAGAAAAUUAGAUCCUCAUACUGAGUUUAAAUUAUUAUUCGACGAUAUCUCUGCCGCCUCCCUUGAAGAUAUCGAUUCUAUCUCAUCAACACAUAUUUCACCACAGCAACUGAAACAGAUCCAACGUCUUAAGAGACUGGUGAAAAACUGGAGUGGUAAAGAUCAUCGUAAUGUUCCAAAUGGUCCUGGUGGAAGUAUUCAUAGAUUACAAUUUACAAAGAUUCGUGACGAUUGGUUACCUACAACAAGAGGGGAGUUGUCAAUGAAGUCACUUAAUCAUAACGAACUAUUAGAAUGGCAACUAUGGCAAAGACCUAUAGAUUGGAAAGAUACAAUCGAAUAUGAUUUAAAAAAAUGGGAGAAGGAAAUCUCUUAUUUCAACUUUGAACCUGUUAAUAUAGAAGCUAAUAGAAAGGGGUUAACUGAGUUUUACAUGAGUGUUGUUCUUCAUCCUGACCACGAAGCAUUGGUGAGUUUAAUAUCUUCCAAAUAUCCUUACCAUGUAGCAGGUUUAUUACAGGUAGCAGUGAUUAUGAUCAGACAGGGUGAUCGUUCAAAUACUAACGGUUUAAUCCAAAGAGCAUUGUUUGUUUUUGACCGUGCUUUGAAAUCUGGUAUUAAAUUUGAUUCCAUUUCAUGUCAACUUCCUUAUAUCUAUUUUUACAACAGACAGUUCUACUUAGCUAUCUUCAGAUAUAUGCUAAUGUUGGUUCAAAGAGGUGCUGUUGGCACUGCAAGUGAAUGGUGUAAAUCUUUAUGGUCAUUAAGUCCAAUGGAGGAUCCAUUGGGUUGUCGUUACUUCAUGGACCACUAUCUUUUACUGAACAAUGAUUUCCAGUAUUUGAUCAAUUUAUCAAAGUCACCUUUAUUGAAUUGUUACAAGCAAUGGUAUACUCUCGGAUUGGCGCUAGGUAUUGUAUUAAGUUACUUGAGAAUAGGUGAAAGGGAGAAAGCACAAAUAGAAUUAAAAAAAUCCUUUAAAUUCCAUUCAAUUGCUUUAGCCAAAAUUUACAAAGAAAAAUUACUUGGUGAGGUUGAUUUAGUUAAAAACAUAAAUUCUGAUCAGUUACAUGCUAUUAACAUUGAAACGAAGGCUUAUAUGGUUAGAUUCGAAACUAUAUGGAAAAAUGCAGAGGAUAUUUCCUUUUUAAGAAAUGAAUUAACUACAUUAUUUGAAAAGAAUAUUAAAGGUGAAAUUGGAAUAGCAAAUGCUGAUGCCUAUGCUGAUACCGAAAACAUCCAUCCUUUCUACAUUAACGAUAUCCCAAUUAAUUUGCUAAGGUUUGUAUUUCUAUCCGACGAGUCCUCUGUCAUUGCAACCAUUCCCCAAUAUAUAUGGUCUGAUUAUCAAGUUUUUGAAUUUGAUAUAUUUCCUCCUGAACCAACAACAAAAGAGUCAAUCGAUACCAUAGAGACUAUCAAAAGUUUCAUCAGCGAAGAAGAUUUAUUGUCAUCGCAAAUGGAAUUAAUGCAAGAUGAAAACAUUUUGAAUCAAAUUAGACAACUAUCGUUGGAUCAAUAUUUAGACGAAAAUCCUAAUGUUGGAUUAGAAUAA